ACUAUUUUUAAUUUUGAGGUUAUAUGUCACGAUUUCCAAAUAGGAUCCGUAUUUUGAUUUUGAAAAAAUAGUAAAUACAUGUUAUAUUAAUUAGUGUAUUUCACUUUCAUCAUAACAGGAAUCAAAUAAAAUGUUUAAAAACUUAUUAGUGCCUUUGUCGCGCAUCAACGUCCAGGUUACAGCUGUCCGAUUCCGCCAAAAGAAGUACCCAAAAACAGACAAGACUUUGCAAGCUGCUUCAGAAUCUUUAGCUGCUAGAGGCUUCCUUCGUCCCAACAAAGAAUGGGCACCCCCAAUAGACAUAGAAGAGACAGUUCUGAAGAUAUGCUCAGCAAACGGGUUGAAAUCAGACUCGGACUUUGAUUCCCUUGACACUAAGUUCAAAGUACUGAAGGCGUGCUUUGAAGAGACUGGACAUGGUGUGCCUAAUUCCCUACUGCACACUAUUGAAUGUGUUGAUGACCUCCAAGAAUUUUACAGUACCCCAGUGGAUACUACAACACCUUUUGAUCAGCUGAAGAAGAUGGAUCUGCCUAAAAAUCUGCACAUUCAGAAAGACUAUGUCAGGUUCCAUCCAGAUACAGACACCUUAUUCAAUGGCAAGUCAGCUUUCCCCAAGAGUUCAACGCUUGUCACUGGCUUGAAGACCAGAAAGAAGUACGAGGGAUACAUCGCCAAGAGAUCAUGGCCUUGAACUAGAUUUAAUAUAUAGUUAUCAUGUUAUAAUUUGUUCAUAGUUAUUUGUAGAUAAUUUGAUUAAAUGUAAUAAGGUUUA